AUGGUUCCCUUGGGAGAUCUUGCCCGAGAAACUGAUGUGCCGUUGCUUGCAAGACAACCGUCCUGUGAUGCCUCCGCCUUCCACGUAGCGGCAUUCCUGGAUCCGUCGAUCGAUAUCAAAUGGAGUAAACGUCUCCAGGAAUACGAUUCCGCCCACGGCGACGUCUGCGCCGAGCCAAUUCAGAGUCAGAUUUUGGCUCGCUCGCUCAACAUGACCAGCAACGAAUACGUUUUCAUAUAUCCAAUUCCAGUUCAAGGACCAGAUUCCUUACCGAUACAAAUAAAUGCAAACGACAAGGAUUCAGUGGAACUCUAUAAACAGGUGGUGACCUUAAAUUUUCCCCUGCCAGACUAUGCCGCCCGAUUAUCUUUGGGGAACGCUGUAGCACGUACUGCGGAGACACUGUUUCAUUACAACUACAGCGACGAUGAGAAGACUAACGAGAUCACACUGUCUAUACCAGAAAUGAUGAUUACUAUUGGCCAGGUUUUGAGCGAGUUUGAGGACAUUGGCUUUCCGCUGAGCACACAGGAAUUCCGUAAAGCUUUUCUCAAGCGGCGCUUCCAAACAAAUAUGCGACCGGUAGUGAUGGGUGGACUUGGAAUGCGAUUGGUUGAUUCAGUCUUCUCCAGGCUCAACACGACGACACAAACGUUUCAAGCAGCCUGGUAUUUUAAUUUCACACUGAAAACACUGACCAAAACUUCGGCCCUGGCGGACGAUUGGAACGGCGCUUAUGCUCCUCCUCUUAAUGAGCCCAUUUGUGGUUUUCGAGGAGACCGAUGCGCAGAAACUGAUAAUACAAUCGCUAUCAUAGCUGGAUCGAUCGGCGGAAUUGUUGUUAUCCUGAUUGCUAGUUUGCUAGGAGUUUUCUACUACAUGAAACACUCACUAACGGCGGAUCGCAGCAACUGGUGGCUUCUUGUGCCAAAGGUCAUGGCUGUGUCUCCCAGUCUCGGCGUCCAGAUUAUGCCGCUUGGCCACGAUUCGCUGUGGCUGCGAACUGAGGUUAUUGGCAUUAGCGAAGAAGAUAUCUUGGCGAUGCGUCCAAUUCGUACCGUGUGUUCUCAGAUUCGUCACAUUCACCACGAAAAUAUCUCCCAUUUUCGUGGUAUAUUUUUAUCCACACCCAAAACGACAUCUAUAGUCUGGGAAGGCGGACAAGGAACGCUGCGCUCCUUCUUAUCAAAAGAAAUCAUCAUGUGCGACGCAGUGAUUCAACUGCAUUUCGUCUGCAACGUAAUCCAGGGUCUUCACUACCUUCACCUCCAAACUUCGGUUCGGUACCACGGAAGUUUAUCCAGUUUGUCAGUAGCUCUCGAUAGUCGUUUCACUGCCAAACUAUGUGAUGCCGGAUCUCGAAAGAUCUACCAGAUUCUUAGCAAGUCUUCUAGCUUUACUCUAGCUGAUCAGGAUGUUAUGCUUCCGCCGGAUAGACAGACUGACGGUUCGCAGUCGAAGGAUAUAUUCGCUCUUGGUAUCGUUAUGUACGAGAUCCUAAAGGGCAUGCCGGUAUUUCCCAGCAGCACCAUUAACACCAGUUCAGUCAAACAUGCAAACGCUGAUUUCCAAACGGCUUCAAUCGACAUGAUAGCGAAAUGCAUCGUUGCGGACCCAGCACGCCGACCGUCUAUUAGGGAAGUCGCGGAUCGUCUGAAUAAAUUCCGGCCAAAGGGAAGCGUUGUAGCUAAUAUACUGCAUCGGCUAGGAAAGCACGCGGAACACUUAGAGCAUAUCGUUUCUCACCGAACUCAGGAAUUGUUAUCGGAGCAGCAUAAAGUGGAUUUGCUGUUGGGCGAAAUCAUUCCUCCAUCGAUAGUCACGAAACUCCGCAACAAAGUUGUGAUUCCUCCGGAGAGUUUCGAAGCGGUAACCAUCCUCUUCAGCAGUAUGGUUGGGUUUGACCUUUAUUGCAAAGCCAGGUCGCCCUUUGAAGUGGGCAUAUUUUUGAAUGAACUGUAUUUGUUCAUCGACGGGUACCUGGCUUCUUUCGAUGUCUACAAAGUGGAAACAAUCAAAGAUGGUUACGUCGUAGCAAGCGGAGUACCUAUCCGUAACGAGGAACGACAUGCCAAGGAGAUCGCAUCGUUUGCUUUAUUGGUGCUGCGCAACUGCACAAAAGACAAACUGAAGAACUAUCUCCCGAUCAGGAUAGGAAUACACACAGGGACGAUUGCUGCCGGGGUUGUCGGUUCCGUUAUGCCGCGUUACUGCUUAUUUGGAGACACGAUGAACACGGCUAGUAGAAUGGAAAGCCAUGGUUAUGAAUCGAAGAUUCACAUCAGUCCUAGCACAAAAGAAUUUCUAACUGGUGACAAUCGCUUCAAUAUCGAAUCACGUGGGCUUAUAACUGUCAAGGGCAAAGGAAUGAUUGAAACUUUCUGGUUGAAUCAAGGCAAUACAGCAUAGUCAUUAACUAAUGACAGCUUGCCGGUGCAUUUAUCAUUGAAACUCUUCUACAAUUAUUAGUUUUGCUGAGUGCACGAACGAUGCAGCUUGGCGGCAACGUGCAUCAUAACGAUAACCGGCCAUUUGCUUCUUUUUUUAGUGUCAUACGUUGAACCGUAAAUAUCGCGAAAUAAUGCGUAAGCGGCGCUCCCGGCACUUUCAGUUUCCAACAUUACUUGCAAA